AUGAAAGCCUUUCUUGUAAAACUGUUAAAGGCGCGCAAAUCAAAUCAAAAUAUUAAACGAUUGGGCUCACAACGUCGGAAAGAUCUCAGUGGAUCGUAUGUGGAACAUCAGCUGAGUGUAGAAGAACUCAAGGACAUAUACGCCGACUCAUACAUUGAUGCAGACCAACCCGAGUGCAGUGAUGGGUUAGGACAACAUGAAGCCAAGUUCGUUUUUAUUUUUACUAUUUUGAAAUUUAGAUUUUUUGUAAACUACGUAUAUCGCAACCUUUUCGAAAUUAAAAAAAAAUUAUAACUAGAUUUUAAUUUUUAAAAGUUUAAUAGUGUGUUUAUAGAAAACGCCUUCACGACGGUGGGCCAAACUUGGUUGAAAAGCCAAAACAACAAAGUCGAUGGAAUUUCUUGCUGAAUCAACAUUUUUACAAAUUUUGGCUUUUACUGUUUGGUAGGUUUUGAUUUACUUUAAAAUUGGCAGUGAAGCCCACAAUUUUUUUUGUGGAGCCUUUCAAUAACUGCCACAAAAAGCCAACUAAAGCUAAGCUUAAGAGAGCUAAGCCAUUUGAGUUCAAACGGCCAAGCAGCAGCCUACGCGGUUAGUGAUAAACACAAGCUUAAGCUUAAAUAGUCAAAAUUUGAACUUAAGAGGUCUAGCCUAAGUCUAAGAGGAUCAAGCCUUAGCUUCUGCAAGGCAAACGUAGGGUUAAUCGGGCUGGUCUACGCUUAACUGAGCUACGUUUUAACGGUUAAGUCUGAAUUAAAAAUAGGUAUUCUUGAGAUUAAACGAACUAAACCUAUUCUUAACAGAAGUAAAGAUAAGAUAAACCUAUCUAAGCCUAAAUAGCUAAGUUUACGCUCUAUCGGGCAAAGCUUAAGUUUCCAACCCAACUAGAUUCCAAGAAAAAAUAGAAACAUUGGCACAGGCUAUGUGUACUAAUUUUUUGACUCUUCACCCUUCUUUUCCUCUAGCCCAAAAUAACCUGAGCAAACAUUCCCGAAAUGCUUUAAAAAAACUAUUUCAGGUGCAUCAAUCCUAAGUAUCAUGGCCUACAUUAUCAGUGAAUUAGACCACAAAUCUGACAGUGCUCUAACCCCACUGACAGCUUGCAUUCUCAUUCCAGCUAUCUUAUUAAUGAGUUUCAUAUCAUUUUGGCAAGAACGUAAGACGAUGGAAGUUGUACAUACGACUGAAGAUGUGGUUGGUCAGUAUUGUUUUGUCAUUCGAGAUUGCGAAACGAAAUGUAUACCGACUGAAGAGUUAGUUGUAGGAGAUCUGCUACAUGUUAGUAGUGGUCAACGUAUACCGGCUGAUGUUCGUAUAUUGCAAGGGAAUGGGUUGAGGAUUGAUUUGUCAUUGAUUACCGGAAAUACAUCACCGGUUGAGUAUACUCAUGAAACGGCAGCUAAACAUGUCAGCGUGUUUAAUGCUUACAACACGGCUUUUCAAGGGACUUAUGUUACUGAUGGUGAUGGCAUUGGAUUGGUCAUUCGAAUUGGACGGUUUACUGUGAAUUUUUAAAGUUUUGUCUCUUUGCCUUGCCUUUGCCCUGCCUUUGCCCUGCCUUUGCCCUGCCUUUGCCCUGCCUUUGCCCUGUUUUUGCCCUGCUCCUGCCCUGCCUUUGCUCUGCAUUUCGUCUGGCUUUGCCCCGCUUUGUCCUGCUUUGUUUAAAAGUUAAAAUGUCAAAGUUAAGAUUACAAAUUAAAAGUUUUAGUUUUUGGGAAACAUGUCAGACAUGUAUCUUCAACAUGGUACUACAAGUUUAAUGCGACAAGACAUUAAACGUGCUGUUGAUAGAAUAAGCUUGAUAGCUCUGUUUAUGGCUAUAGCUUUUUUUAUUGUUGGCUGUAUUGUUAAUGGGUAAGUCCUUUUUUUAAAGUAGCUUUGGAAACUUUAAAAAAAUGUUUAAAUUUGUUUUAAAAAAAUUAGAUUGAGUUCUUACCCAUUUUUUCAGAUUCAACAACAUUCUUUACUACUUUGUAGUCGGUUUCUUAGUAAUAGUAGUAGCCAACGUACCACAAGGUCUACCACCAGCCAUGAUGUCACAUUUGGCUAUCAUAGCUAAAAGGCUAGCCAAAAAACACAUAUACAUUAGAAAUCUGGAUGUAAUUGACGAACUCGGUGCUGCAACUGUAAUUGCAACAAACGCGGCUGGCGUGUUAACUGAAAACAAACUAACUGUUACCGAUCUAUGGUACGACAGACAUAAUACUAAAGGUAAGUACAGUAUUACCUAAACAAUGAAUGUUUUUUGGUUCCACUGACAAAGGCUGAGAUCAAGGAAAUGAGGAAGAAAAUGAAGUUGGAGCCCAAGUCCAGUACGAUGGAAAUGAUUCACGCUGUCAUGGGUAUAUGUAACAGAGUUUCUAAGUGGAGAGAACGGCCAUCGUUCUCCGUCAGAAGAGCCAGGGCGGCUAGUUUGGCCGCGGCUACCAGGGAGAGACAGUCUUCUAUGCAAAGGACCAAGCUUUUUACUGUUGUGUAAGUUACCCUACCCUAAUUUAAAACCUAAGAAUCUCUUUAGCCACCCAAAGACUGGCAAGGAAGUAAUCCAAGAACCAAAGCCAGAAUUCGCUCGAGCAGUUCGCUUUCAAGACGAUGUUGUUAACGUCAGAGAGCUGGACUUUGAAGACGUUGAGAAGGCACAAUACUACGAAGAUAAUAGUAUCGAAAUGAAGCAGAUAUCGGCAACGGAGUCAGCUGAUGCAGCUAUAUAUAGCUAUUUGAAGAAAGUCAACUUUUCUAUCAGUAGUUUGGGCCAAAAGUAUAAGGUAAGAUAAUUUUUUCUAUUUUAUAGGCAGAGGUUAGUGCGAGCGGGUCAUUUCGGAGCUUGAAAAGCCGGUAAAAUAUAAAAAAAAUAGUUGUUAAAUCUUUUGUUGCGAGACCUAAGCUGAGCCAAUGGAGCAUUUAUUAAAGUCUGGCCUUCGAUCUCUCACGCUCUGGCUUGCGUCAGGGUUUUGCUGUGCUGAGUGGAUCCGUUUUCAAAACUAAAAAUUUUUUUUGGUUAAUAAAACAAUUUUAGCCUAAAGCAGGACACUCAUUUUUAAAAAUUAAAGAAAUUUUUUAGCCAAUUUAUGAAAUCCCGUUCAACUCAAUCCGUCGUUGGCAACUUUUGGUAGCCAGAUGUGAAGACAAAAUUGACUGUGCGUUAUACCCACAUGAUGGUGUUACAGAAGAUCAGCGAGUGCAUGUUGUGAUGAUAAAAGGCGCUCCAGAAGUGGUCAUCGAAAGAUGUAAUCAGUACAUGAAGAACGAUGUAAUUAACGAUAUUGGACCGGUUUUCGAGAGGGAUUUUAAUGUAAGUUCUGCAGACUUUUUGACCGACUUAUUAACGAAAAGUUUUAAAAUUUGAAUUUUUAAUUUAAAAUCUGUAAUCAACUAAAAUUUAAAGUCAUUUUUAUUACCUAAACUUUCAGCUGACCCUAGAGACCUUUAGCAAGCACGGUGGAAGAGUGAUCGCCUUUGCCGUCAAAUUCUUUGUAACCCACAAAGAUGGCAAAAUCAGUGCAGUUCAAGACACCUUCCCUCAACACAACCUAGUCUUUCUGGGCAUGUCGUCCCUAAUUGACCCACCAAGACCAGAAAGCUCAGCAGCGAUCAAAAUGUGCAAAGAAGCUGGUCUGAAACUACACAUGAUCACUGGGGAUCACCCAAUGUCAGCCAUGGCUUUAGCUUGCCGUAUUGGGUUGAUUAACCAAAAGAUUGAAAACAUUAAAAUGAAUUUCGACAGAGAUUUCGACAGUAAACACGGAUCAAAUUGGGCUGUUGUACAUGGUAGAACUAUUGAUGGAAUGACUCUGGAUGAUUGGAAUACUUUGUUGGAAAAACCGUAUCUUGUUUUUGCUAGGUAAGAUGAAGAAGAGCGGAAAGCAGAUUGACUGUAAGGUAAAGUACUGUAAGCGGGGCAAGGAUAGGGCAAAGGUAGAGCAAGACAAGGAUAAAGCUAGAGUAGGGAGAGAUUAAGGCAAAGACGAGGCGAGGAUAGGGUCAGGGAAAGCGAGAGUAACGCAAAGAUAAGGCGAAAGCAGAGAAGGGUAAGACAAGAUUAGGGCAAUCGUAGGACGAGGGUAAGACAAGGGUAGAACAAGGGUAGGGCAAAGGUAUGGCUUGGGUAGAAAAAGGAUAAGGCAAGAGUAAGACGAAAUUCGGACAAGAGUAGGGUCGCAGUAGGGCGAGAGUAGGACGAGAAUGGUGUAGGUGCAAGGUAAGAUAUAUAAUCAGCAUUAACUCCCAUUAACCUUCAGAACCACUCCAGAACAAUCUCUACAAAUAGUCGAAGCCCUCCAACGACGCAAUGAAAUUGUGGCCCUAACUGGCGGUUGUGUCAACGAUGCUCCAGCUAUUUCCCAAGCCAAUAUUGGAAUAUCGACCAAAUCCUUUAGUACAGAUAUAGCCAGAAAAGCGGCCGAUAUUAUGUUAGACAACAAUACAUUUGCAGCCAUUACUCAUGGCGUUGCUGAAGGCAGGAUAUUGUUUGAAAAUAUGCAGUUAUCGAUUGCUUAUACCUUGGCUCACUUGUGGCCUGAAGUGUGUCCUAUUAUUGCAAAUUUUACUUUGGGGUUACCGUUGGGAUUGUCUCCUUUGCAGGUAGGGUAAAAACAAAAAUAUAAAUUUUUAAUUUUUUAAAUUUAAUUUUUUUAAAUUUUAAUUUGAUUUAAUUUAAUUUAAAAAUAUAUCUUAUAGAUUUUGAGCAUUGACUUGGCCUGUGAACUACCACCAGCCAUAUCUUUGGCCUAUGAAAAGCCAGAAAGAGACAUUAUGAAAUGUCCACCAAGACCACAGAAACAAACAUUGGUCAGCGCAGCUCUUAUGAUCUAUAGUUAUCUCUGUAUUGGUACUAUAAUCACAAUUGGCUGCUUUGCUUCUUACUUUACUGUGUAUUAGUAAGUUAAACAUCAUCAGUUUUAUGUUAUCCGCUCUUUACCUGACCGUAUUUUACUUUACCUUAUCUACCCUGUCUUACCUUACCCUCGUAUCCUAACUUACCCUACCUUAACCUAUUUUACCCUUCGCGUCUUUGCCUUAUCUCUACAAUAACUAAAAAAAUAAACUUCAGUUCUCACGGCAUGCCUCCAGGCAAUUUAUUUUUUUCUCACAGCGAUUUCUGGCACGGUGAAGCCGAAAACUUGACCACACCGUUAUCAGACCGUAUCAUGACAGCCGACCAGCAAAUGGAAGUUCGCGGCCAAGCAGCCGCCGCCUAUCAAAUCACAUUAGUUGUUGCUCAAGUCUUUCACAUUUUUAUGUGCACAACGCGACGAGUAUCACUGUUCCGGCACGGUCUGACAAGCUACGCUGUUUUCGUAGCCGUUUUUAUUGAAGUCAGUAUCUUAUGCUUGUUAAUCUAUACGCCAGCGCUGAGGACGUUGCUGGGUAUUAGUGUGCCACCACCUUUUGUAUGGCUGUUUGGACCUGUUGUUGGGGUGGUACUACUGGUCUUUACUGAGUUGAGGAAAUACUUUAUUAGACAUGCGGAGAAGAAUGCGUGGUACAAGAGAUUUGAGUUUUGA